AUGGGCGGCAAAGCGAGCCAGCCUGAGCCGCCUAAGCCUGCUCCCAACCUACAGGAUGCCGCGAGCAACUUAGAGCAGAAAAUCGAAGAGCUCGGAGCAAAGAUUCAAAAGGCUGAUGAGGAGGCGAGGCAAUGGGUGGCAAAGCAAAGCACAGAUGCAACUGCCAAAGCUCGCGCCAUGCAAGCCUUGAAGCGCAAGAAGCUGUACGAGCAGCAACGUGACCAGCUGGUUGACACCCAGUUCAAUGUGGAAAACCUUGCCUUCCAGCAAGAGCAGGCUGAGAUCACCGCGGGGACUGUCGCUGCCAUGAAGAAGGCGACCGAUCAGCUUAAGAACCAGACGCAGAAGAUCGGAGUGGAUCAAGUUGACAAGCUGACUGAUGAGAUGGCAGACAUCGCUGCGGAAAUGAAGGACAUCCAGUCAGCGCUUGCUGCACCCUCAGCAGUCGGCUCUGCGGCAGAGGAUGAAGCUGAGAAGGAGUUGAUGGCACUGUAUGCACAGCAAGAAGACAAGGAAGCAGAGGAGGCAAUGACCAUCCUCGCUGCUGGAGGUGGUGGGUAUGCGAGCACCACUCCGGCGCCCGCGGUGGCAGCAAAGGCAGCACCCAAGGCUGCCGCAGCUUUGGGGUCAUGA